AUGAAAUGCACCGGCGAACUAGUAGCCGCGAAGUUUGCAAAAAUGUUCACCGCGCUCAAGUUGACCGAAUUGACGUUCAUCCGACUGCUGCUGCGAAUCUUCAACGUGUUCGGCAUAGCGCCGCUGACGCUGGUGCAGCGAGGCCCCCAGAAGGAGAUGCGUUUCGUGAGUUCGCGCCUGGCCGUGCUCUACACUUACGCGUUCAUCGCGGCGAUCGGCGUGUCGAACGUCAUGACGGUCGACGCGAUCUACACCCACCGCUACGAGAAAAAGAUGUCGCUCUUUCACAUAAUCGACUUCUGCGAGAUAUUCCUCGGCACCUUCGUCACCACGAUGAUACUCUGCACGAACUGCCUCAAAAAUCGCACCUUCAGCGCGAUCGCCACCAAGAUGUACAGGAUCAACGAGUCGAUCGGCCAAUUGAGCGCCUUCGAGGACGGCAGUGGUAACAAAGCUCGUCGCGGCGCCGACCACUGCUUCAGCAUCGUCGGACUGGUCGGCUUUCACGCGCUUUUGACGCUGAUCGUGCUGUCGUCGAGCGCCUUCUAUCAGGAGAACUUCGUUCUGUUCGUCAGCGGUGCCACGCGAAAUUUCGUCAUAACGUGGCUGUGCCUGCAGUACGCCGUGAUCGUCAAUAUACUGCAGCGAUCCUUCUCGAGAAUCAACGAUUUACUGAGGAAUUUGGCCGGCGGUAGAGACGCGGCGCGCAUCAAUAAUAAUCCAGUGAAAACCAUCGAGAUGAAGAAUCGCUACGUCAUAAAAAAUGGCCACGUCGACGAGACGACGGUGCCCCAAUUGAUCGCGAAAGCGUCGGAGCUGCAUUACGCCCUGGUUCGAACGAUCGGCGAAGUCACCGACUUUUACGAUUACACGAUACUCGGCGCUGUCAUCUACAUAUUCGUUUGUCUCGUUGUAUUUUCGUACUUCAUUCUCGAUUACAUAAUCGAGAAGAGGAUCUUUUCGACGGUCGAGUACGUGAAUCUGUUCCUGUGGAUCGUCUCCUUCAUGUCGGCUUUCAUCGCAUUGACGAUGUACGUCACUAAAACACUGAACGAAAUCGAUAAAACGGGUAUGCUGGUGCAAGAGCUUAUCAGAGCGAAGGUGAACAAUCAAAUCUCAAUCGAGCUCAAAAAUUUUUCGUCUUACUUACUGCAUGUCAAAGUCAACUUCACAGCAUGUGGUUUCAUUACGUUGAAUGGAAGUUUGGUGCAAUCAAUACUGGGUUCAAUAACAACGUAUUUAGUCAUAUUGAUGCAGUUUCAGUUAGACACAUCCUCCAAAAUGAAGUGUCAACAUAGAAACAUCGAAAGUCCAUAA